AUGAAUACAUGGAGGAACAAGGGUUACGUCUCCGACUCAGAUGAUGACGAGGAUUUUGAGAGUCAGGAAUCACGAAAAGGAUACGUUGAGGAACAAAACCCUACAUUAGGCGGUGAUGUUGGAGACAAAUUGCAGCUGGCCGAGUCUGAUGGAGAUAACAACGACGUUGAAGAUGACAAGGUCGCCCAUGAACAAUCGCAACUUGCGCAUUCGGUGGAGUUAGGGUCGAAUAAUGGAGAUAACGACGAUGAUGAGGAUCGCGCUCAGGACCAAUCCCAGCAUUUGCAGUUGACAGAGUUUGAUUCGAACGAUGGAGAUAAUACCGAUGACGAACACAAGGGCCUCGGGCAAAGCCAACAUUCACAUUCGGUGGACCUGGAUUCAAUUCAUAAGCUGGACACCGUGAUCCCUACUGAAGACGACGCUAUGCCAGUGACGUCUUCUUUGGCGAAUGAACCUCUGGCCGGUGACGAUGAGCCUGCUUCGUCGGAUGAUGAACUUCAGGUCAUUGGUGCUGUGUCAAAAAUACCGGCCGCCCUUCACACCAUCAACUUCGCAGACAUUGAAAAGAAUGUGUUAUUUUCAGACAGUGACCCCGAUUCUCCGCUUUCUUCUGCUCCACCGACAAUAGCCUCUACAGAGUCGAGCCAACAAGCUCACCAAACGCAAGAAGACCAAGAUCCUCAACCGCAACAACCUGAUGUGCAUCAGACGGAAAGCCUUGUCGUAGAAGAUGCAAUAUCGCAAACUCUGGCAAGUACUAUCUCAGCAUCGGAGACUCAGAUGGAGUUUGAACCCCCGCGACGAGCAUUACGUGAAAGAAAAGAGAUACAAAAACAUCCAUACCAAUUAGAAGAUGCUAAAUAUCAAUCUCUUUUCAGAAAGGCGGGGCUCAAGCCAGUACGUGUGAUUACUGCGGAUUCUGUUCCUACACGCCUUCAACAAGAAAGCCAGGAGGCCAUAAUCGGUGUCCCUGAGCCUCCAAGCAGUCCAGCGGGGGAAUUCAUCUUUCCACCGUCCUCCCCUCCGGACCCGUACAAGUCACCCUCUUCUAUUAGACGACAACGAACCCCUAAAGAGACGCCUCAUCUGACCCACGAUCACGUUCAAUCUCCUUCACAAAAAAGGAGAAAGUUGUUUCAUGACAGCCAAGUUAGAAAACAUAAACAACCGACUUCAUCUUUCAGGGUUGUCAUAGGAAAGACAGAUACUUCCGUUGGUACCAAGCCUACACAGCCCAUUCAAAUCCCGCCAUCACCGCCUCGCUCAGGAAGCGUGUCUUCCGCUACCCAUUUGGGUAAAGAUGGAUUCCGCUUCCCCCGGGGAUUUACUCCUCCGAUAACGACAUCUCCCAAAACCACCCAGUCGAUCUCGAUAGAUGCUGGUGAUCCAAUGAUCGACGAUGAGUUCCAGAGCGAUACAUCUCUCAACGCCGACGACCAUAUGUCAUUACAUUCAGAUGAAAUCCAUGAACCAGAGGAAAACUUACCGGAGAAACCAGAUUUUGCAGUCAGACAAUACCAACGGAAAAUUAAGGGCGUUCUCCCAGCUUCAUGGCUAACGCUGGAUCUUAAAAAAAAAGGCGAUAAGACUGGAAAUUCAUCAUCGGAAAGACAUCAACGAGGAUCACUCACUACACGUGCCGAGCCACACAAGGGGGUAGCAAGAACGAUAUCUCGACCACGGAGUACUGCUCUGGAGUCCCCUACGCCGCGAACGACUUUUGGCUUUCUGGAAGACUCGUCUGAGUCUGAUGUUGCUGAUAUGGAUGCCCCUAUUGCUGUUGAUACUUCCAGAGGGAGUCGCAAACCUUCGGUCGAUUUGAGAGAAUUCUACGACCUUACUAAUGAUACGGAUGGAGAUAUUCCUGAAGACAAUAGACUGGAAGAAAUGUUCUUCCCUGUACGCCGGUCGUCUUCCGAUCACAGGAAAUCACACCAGAGAAUCCCACAAAAAUAUAAGAGAAAGCAAGUCUCUUACAAAAACAAUCAACCGCAGACGAGUCGUCCACUUCGGCAGAUGCAUCUUGACGAUAAUAUGCCCCACCCCCCUAAGCGCAAGAUUCAAAGACAACGAGCACCGAAUCUAAGUAUUCUUGAUGCUCCAGACGUUGCACUCCGACCCCGAAAAGACCAACCCCAAUUCCUACGGGUUGCAACUAGACAAGCACGGUCGCGAAAGGACCAAGGCAGAUCAAGUCCGAGCAGAAAGGUGUUCAAUAUGGCCACGCGUGAAGAGACAAAAGAGACGAAUAAAGCUUUGUGGGACUGGAAGAAAGGAGCUAUGAAACAGGCAAAGCUGUCGAUAGCCAGCACUCCGAGAAGCGCUCGUCAACCUCUUCAGAGUCUCUCAACGAACAAGCCAAAUCGUAUGGGCCGUACUAACACAAGUACUCUGUCCCGGGACUCACCCACAGAGCAACAACCGCGAUUCCUAGAGGAGCUUGAAUUGACAUCAGAGAAUACGAACCCGACAACUGUUCCUCCCACUAAAAGCCAAGCCGCUUCAACAGCCACGACGCAAUCAAGGCUCGUUAGAAGAAGCGUCAUCAAUAGGAAACAUGCUAUCACUUCGCUACGGAGAGACGCCGCUCGUCCUGUGGAAUCCGAGAUUGUCGGUGGCGAAACCGCACCCUCUCCUUAUGCCUUCUCAGCUUCUCUGGCUGCACUACGCAAAGAUCGCAAGCGAACAUUCACUUUACACCGUUUCAUUUCCGCAUUAGAUUCGUCUAAUCGAAAGCCAGAACAGUCUUCUCAGCCUGGCAUCCAGACUAUAUCCGAGCAUUCGGAAAAUCCGCAACCAGCACAAAAGAAGGCACCGAGAAAAGGAAUCCCAACUCGUGCAGAAUUAAUUGACAUUGAUCCCAUGCCGCAAAUUACAGCUUCCUCGGGACCAUCAAAAAGCGUAUACACUACCUCGGUCGAGGAUACCGGCGGUCCAAGCAAUACAUUGUAUGGAUUCAGGAACUACAGAGUCUUUUCUGUCGACUUUAACAUCUUGCCUAUUCGCAAAGGAACAUUCUUCCACGGGUCUACAUUCGUCGGUGAAGGCGGACUGUCACGUUCACUGAAUAUCAACAAACGGAACAUGGAUCAAGGUGCAGGCUUUGCAUCAAUUGACUUCGGCGAUCACGUUUUCCGCUGGGGUCCUUGGACCGAGGAGGUGUCCUCGCAACUUGGUGUGAUCAUCGACACUAUACAGAACAAUAUUAAAAGAAACGACAUUGGGGAAGGGCGCUCAUUGCCGGAGCCUUUUCCCAAUUCUGAUACUUUCCGAAGUUGUGUUUCCGUAAUCAGAUGGAUCACCGACAAAUUGCACUUCAUUGACCCCAUCGAUCGAGUGUCUUUCAUACAGCGUAUUGAACUUCUGUCUUGUGGUUUGCGAGAUUAUAUCGCAGCGGCGACCCACACAGAUCAGAGUGGAUGGAAGGAUCAGUUGAGGUUAUCAAGUCUCAACAUGAUUCUUGCCAAUCAAAUACGUCAAAUUGCAUCCCAUGAAUUGGUGAAUCCUGCCACACGAGAAAGCACAUUGGGUCUAGCCAAGAAUGUCGCAUGCCAGCUUCUUUCUCUUGUGUACAAUCGUGAUGGGUUGCAGAACAUUCGCCAAUUCUACAACAAGCACCAGGAUAACGAAUUUUACGAGUCCGGAAUUCUCCAUGAUCAUCCCGCUGUCGAAGCUCAUGUCGUUGUUCUUCAGACCUUACAAUCAUCUCAAGACUUCCAAGGAUGGUUUAAUGAACUGGCGUUGUCGUCAUUUGCUGAUAGGAUAUCUUCCUUAAACAUUCAGCAUCUGGAAGAUAUUUGGGAGGUAGUCUUCACCACACUUCCACUCAACGAGAUUGACGAGUUCGGACUUGGCCGUCCUGGUGUUCGAUUCCGUAAUAAACACGACAAUUGGCCUAUAGUUCAGACAUUGGUAUCGAAGGUCUUGGAUGCAUAUUUCCUCGAUUCGGAUCAACCUACAUUUUAUAUCAACUAUUGCCGCAUCAUUUUCCAAAGAUGUCUUCUCCUCAUGGUGUCUUGGGGCUGGCGCAAUUGUAAGGGAAUCUUGGGAACAUUGUUCGAUUUCUUUGCCAAAAACAUGAUGUACAACCUCAAAACUGAACAAAGCUUGGGAUCUCCAUCAUUCCUCGACGCGCUGGAUACCAACCCUACUAUCGAGAUCGAGCCUGGUGAUUCAUCAUUUCAUCUAUUUCUCAAAAUAAUCGGCAGCGGCCUCCGCUAUCUCUCCCAGAUCCACGACAAGAAAACGAUGAGGAAUAUUGCGUGGCGUCUGCUACCUAACCAUGGGCGAGUCUACCCGAAAGAAAAGCCCCUGGACCGUGAAGACCUCGACGCAUUGAGAAAUCACCAUGACCUCCUGUGUACCCUUUACUGGGGUGUUCCAGAUAGCUGUCGACCCCGGCUUGAGACGAUUCGCAAUCUAAUUGAUCCCGCAACAUCCCAUCUGGAAACAACGAAUCUAAGCAUUCGCUCGUGGAGGAGACUCGUUCACUUUAAGCUGUCGACGAAUGAAGAAGACGCUGGUUUGAAACAGUUUGCCGACUGGUAUAAAUAUUUCACUUCAGAGGUGGUCCGACAACACCAACUUGCCAAAACCGAAGUUGAGGCGCAAGCGAAGAACCAAAUGCAGUUCUCACAGAGGGACGUGGAAUUGACUGUAUCGCAUAAUCAACGUCAAAUCGAAGCGCUGAUUUCUUCAACUAUCGCAGCGAUGCACUCUGCCAUUCAAUCGUCGAGAUCCUUCGGUCAAGCUUGUAUUCUCCUAGAGGCGAUCCCUAUCGCGAAGCUAUUUGAAUUGUUUGAUCCAACCAAUUCGAGAGUGAAUCCUAUCGUCUGUGAGACUCUGCAGCUCGUUAUCAGCUUUCUUGCAAAGGACUCUCCUCUUGUCAGUCCUACAGUCCCCGCUACAAAUGAUGACAGUCAGGAAUAUGGUGACUGGUCGGCUCUUGAAGAAGUGUUCGAUGAUGGAUUCACAGAACCUCCGGCACCUGUUACGACUUUUCCGUAUCUACAAGAAGUCAUCCAACCGUGUGUCUCUCACCUGCUUUCCAACUGCUUCGGUGAAGAUAGGUCUCCAGAAGAUUCCUUGCUCCUAAAAGUUACAGAAUGCUGGUCAUGUCUGGCACACGCCUCAGUAACGAGUGGACUACAGCACUGGGAUAGCUACCUAAAUCCUUAUAGCGGGGACUCAUGGGCAGCACUUCGGAUGACUCCUCAGACCAAGAAGUUCGGACCUCAGUUCCUCGCGAACUGUAUAGAGAAGGAUAGUAAAUUCUUUUUGGAGUGCAGACUACAGAUUCUGUCAAUGUGGGUAUCAUGUCUCGUGGAGAGAACGUCAGCAUUAAAAUUUCAGCACCGUCUUACGGAAGCGCUUCUGAAUGUAGAUCAUACACCGCUGAUGAGAAAUGUACCAUUCCAUUGCGGGGCGGAUGGUCGAUAUCAUAUCACGUUGCAUGAGUUCACUGAUAGACGAAUAUCUUUGAUUUCUAGUUUAUUGUCGAACAUGCGCGAACAUCUACAAGUUCAAGAUAAAUCUGGCUCGGCGAAUACCAAUGCGAUUGAUGAGUACAGAGAACUUGUCAUGGCUAUGAUGGCAUCAAUGAAAGCAAAUUAUCAAGAGCUAGGCCAGUCCGGAACGGCCGCGCAAGGACAAUACGUUGAAUUUGUGCAUUGCAUCAUCAGCUUCCUGCAGCAGCAUACUCAAUCAAUCUGCCGCCUCGAUAGGUAUUUCACUGACCCGUCUACGUUUCCCCUUCCGACUGGCGAUCCGGGUUUUGUUGCAGCAAAACUGAAAGGCUACGGUGUCCGUCUUCCUGCAGCAAAGGCUGCCAAAGAAUUGGUGAACUUUAUGCAGGGCGUGUGCGAAUCAGCAGCUUUGGAUGGCCGACAAACCCAUCUUGUUGAUCAGCUCUUUGAGAGUAUGGGUGAGGCGUAUGAAUCUGGCGAUACAGCGAAUCCAACGCUACGAUCGUUCCUAUUCCAUUGUUUGUUUCCUGCUUAUAUCGAGUGUGCACUCAGCAACGCUGCUGCUUGGAUUCUUGUCUUGCCGGUCAUGAAGGCGGCGUCUCGAGCUGCCCGUAAUCUGCUUUACAAUUUGGACAUUAACGAUCCCGAUUGCAUCAAUUCAGUGAACAGCAUGUUCGGCGCCAUACUACGGUCUAUCAGAUAUGUCAUGUACCACUUUCUCAAUCAUGCGGGUUAUACUGAGGAGCCACGCGCACUACUGAUCAUCAAGUCUUGUAUUGAGAUUAUUUCUGCAAUGGUCCCAGUUCUCGAUUAUAUUAGCAGAAACGGCCAAUCUGACAAUCAUAACUUGUUCAUACUGGAAACAUUACGCAGAUACACAGCCUUCAUUGUGGAAAAGCUAUUUAAACAAUCUACCGUCAUGGAAGAUCAGGAUGAAACUUUACCCAGAGAGCGAGCAGAUAGCAGCCACAUGAAUUCUCUGUUUCUGGAAUCUCGCACCUAUACGAUUCGUCAGGUCCAAACGUACCUCCGCACUAGCUGGUCAAAGCACGAUGGUCGCUAUUUCGUACUGCGUGGCCGAGAAUCGAAAGAAAUUCGAAAUGAAAUCGUCCAAGCGAAAGAGGUCGUCGACAUUCACUACGCGAAGUCUUCGUUCGUUGAGAUGGCGAAUAUGUUCCUACAUCGUUGGGAGUCGUUUGACCAACCGGAUGUGCAAGCUCAUUCACAUGCCUUUGGAGAGCAGAAGGUGUACGAUUCUCUGGAAGAAGGGUUUAAUGACUUGUUAUUGUGA